AUGGACCACAUGGGAGGACUCGUCACAGACUACGGGGUGGCUCUGCGCACCUCGGACAUCCCCUGGGUCUCCAAGCAGCUCUGGGCGCCCGACGCGGCAUCCAAGAGCGGGAAAUACUUCCUCUAUUUCCCUGCCCGCGACAAGAAUGUUGCCGAUACACCUGUGGGACCAUUUGUUCCAGAGGAGAAUCAUAUCCCGGGGAGCUGCAGUAUCGACCCGGCGGUGUUUGUGAAUAAACCAGGCGGAGAGCAGACAUCAGAAGGAGCAGAUGGGAAGGCAUACAUCUAUUUCGGGGGUCUUUGGGGUGGCCAGCUCCAGUGCUGGGUUCGUCCCACCGCGGACUCCGACAAAGAAAAGACCGAUGCAAAUGGCUAUAUCUUCGACGACUCCCAGUCCGGGCCCCAGGAACCAUCUGGUCCCGGCGUGCCGGCGCUUUGUCCGCGCAUAGCACAGCUCAGUGACGAUAUGCGCGGCUUUGUCUCCCCUGCUCGCGAAAUCCAGAUCCUGGCCCCGGAAACAGGGAAGCCCACCGCGGCAGAGAAUCAUGAACGGCGGUUUUUCGAGGCUGCAUGGCUGCAUGGCUACCGAGGUCUCUACUACUUAUCGUACUCGACGGGAGACACAUGA